CAAGCGACGAUCGCUCUGCUCCAGCCCCUUAGAAACACCGACAUCCUCGAAUCAUGUCGGCGAGCCCGGGCGAUCUGCGGCUCCAACUCCGCACCAAAUAGCUGCCGUGACGCUAAACACGAAUUCCUCAAUUUUGAUUCCCCCAGCAAAGCAUGGAGACAGGAAAUGAUGAAGCGUCCCACUUACACGCGGCUGGUCUUCGAUCGGACGCUCCCGCCACGGGGCAUCGAUAAGUCGCCGGAACUUUACUGGAACCACAGAAUGCCAGAGAAGGUCAGUCUUGCUAUUAGGGACAGUGACGUUAUUACUCUGGCCAGAACUAUCGCUUUAACUACAGUGAUGCGGGCCAAAGUUGAAAUAGUAUCAUUUGAUGCACUGUUCGACCCGAAGGAAGGGGUGAGUGUUCGGAGUGUGAAGGUAUUGAAGAGCCAGCUUGUUGCUCUC